GAUGCUCAACAACUCCUGUAUAAUAUCUGCAGGUUUUUACGCACAUAAGAAAUGAGGGUCAUAAUUUCGACUGCGAUGGUGGUGUGGCUGAUGACAAUACCCUGCAUGGAGGCUAUCCACGGAUUGUACAACUUCGGCCAGCAUGAUUUAUUCUACAAAAAGAAUAACUGCAAGCCAAUUCCUGCAAAUCUCCUUCUGUGCCACGAUAUAGAGUACACAGAGAUGCGCCUUCCGAACCUGCUCGGACACGAAACCAUGAAUGAAGUUCUGCAGCAAGCCUCGUCUUGGAUCCCGCUGGUUCAGAAGCAGUGUCACCCCGACACCAGAAAGUUCCUCUGCUCCCUGUUCGCUCCCGUCUGUCUGGAUGAUUUGGACGAGCCCAUACAGCCGUGCAGGUCUCUGUGCGAGAGCGUUAAGAACGGCUGCGCGCCUGUCAUGUCCGCUUUUGGCUUCCCCUGGCCAAAGAUGCUGGACUGCGACCGCUUCCCACUCGACAAUGACCUGUGCAUACCACCUGCAGGCAUCGAGAACUUUGUGCCAGUCACCAAAGAGGUGCCCAGAGUGUGCGAUGCUUGCAAGGAAACAGAUGAAAAUGACAACGAAAUUGUUGACAACCUGUGUAAGAAUGACUUUGCUCUAAAGAUCAAAGUUAAGGAGAUCUCCUACAUCAACGGCGACACUAAGAUAGUGCCAGAGAACAAGAGCAAGACCAUUUACAAGCUGAACGGCGUGACGGAGCGUGACCUGAGAAAGACGGUGCUGUGGCUGAAGGAUGGCCUGCAGUGCAUCUGUGAGGAGAUGAACGACAUCCAUGCCGCCUACCUGGUCAUGGGCCAGAAGAUGGACGGCCAUCUGGUCAUCACCUCGCUGAAGCGCUGGCAGAAGGGACAGCGAGAGUUUAAGAGGAUUUCCCGCAGCAUUCGCAAGCUGCAGUGCUAGGAAGGGGAAAAAAUACCUGCAUGUGUCACUGUUGAAGGAAAAGUUUAGUUGAGCUCUUUCUGAUUCUCUCUUUCCAGGUGUCACACAAGUUGCAAUAACGGUUCAUAGAUUCCUCUCUAGAUUUCAGCAAUGAUGUAUCUUUGGCCUCAGACAACACACUUAAUUCCUGUAUUUUUCAUCAGGUUAUAGGUUGUUUUUUUCUUUAAAUAGCACAGUAUGUUAAAAAAAGGCAAUACACAGCAUGUCUACUGGUAAAAAACCUCUACAAUUAUCAUUUUCAAUUAGUUUUGGUUCUUAAAGGUGCUUUUCCCCAAUACACUCAAGCUACAUUAAUCAAUAAGGCCACAAUAUUAAAAAACAAAAUACAUAGUUAAGUGAUUUAAAAACAUAGAUUGGCCAUGUCUUCUGAGCAGGGCAUUCAUUUGAUAUCUAAAGACACAAAAGUGAGCAAAUGGGGUGAAAAAAAGGUUCCUUAAAUUGUAGUAAUAUGAAAUCCUUGUUUCACCAAUAGACUCCCAUUUUGCAUGCAGUGAAUAAUUAGCUCCCCCUAGUGGUCAGUGUCAGUGGUAUGUCUUUUCCUUUGCUGUCAUCUCAUUGAUUGCACUCAGCUGGUGUUCAAGGUGUGAGGGAAUCACCAAUUUCAUAGUCAGAUGGUCAAAGUGAAGACUGCCAGAGUUUUGAGUCCAGGAUUAAAAGUGGCUGACUUUCAAAAAUCAUCUGCAGAUGCGGCUCACAGAUAAAUCCUGCAAUGGGGGUGAGUUUAAGACAUUGCUAUUUUCUGCUGCGGUUUUCCCUGGGAUCUGUUUCUGCUGUAGUCAUGGGGAAAUCCUUUUAACAAGUUUAAAUCAUCAGCAGUUGUUUGUUUAGGACCAUUCAAAACUCCUAAAAGGAACAAACUACAUCACAAGGGUCAAAGGCCUUAACUAAUUAAAGUAAAAAAAAAAGUUCAAUAAAAAGAGCUCUGGUUAGAUGUUUGGAGGAGUUCCUAAAUAAUGUAUUUGCAUCUUUUAAAAACUAGAAGCUGAUUAAUAUUGUGUGGUGCAUAUUGAGUGAAGCUGUGAUCCCCGUGUGCAUGGUGCGAUGUUCAAAGACAAAAUAAUGUUGGUGUUUUUGUACCGUUUUCUCAAGCAAAUAUGAGAGAUAGCUGGCUAUAUUCUCUUCCUCUUCAUGUUUUAAUACUCUUAGUAAGCUUUUUGUACUUGAGCCACUGCAUACUUUUCUACCACAGUAUGAUAAAACUAAUAUUUUUCUACUCCAGCCUUGCAUAUUUCAUUUAAACUUUGACGUUUUGAGUUUGCAUCUUAAUCCUGUUGUUUGAUGAGUGACACAAGUUGGGUUUUUUAGGUGUUAUUAGAGGAUGAAUAUUUGGUUGAUAGUGUUGAUUUCAUGAGCAGUAACUUGUUCGCCGCAAAUAAUCAAGUGGUCUGUGUGUGAAUGUGUGUGCAAUGUAAAAUAUUUUUUGAAAGUAUUACUGUGUAAAUAUUAAAUACCACCUUUUAUUCUUGUAUAAAGUUUUCAGCGAUUAAAAGCUGCCAACAAUAUGUUUUCAUAUGAAUAAUUUCAUUGUUGUGUUUGUGUGGCUAGAAAUCAAUAUAGUCACCAAAAAAAAGACAAAUUCAAAAAUAAAACUAAUGGCCAGAGUAGUAAAAUGAAAAAUAAACCUGUGGUAUCUAUUAUCAAUAAAACACCACCAUCUAGUGGUAGUCAAUGGUAAAAUCUGGUCAUCUUAAUCACUGGAUGCAUACAGGCAUAUGGUGGUGUUUUCAUUGCAUUUUGUAUUUACAUUUAUUUUUCCAGUGACCUACCAUUAUGAAAUGUAACAAAGUUUAGCUUAACAACAUAGUGUCACUUAAAUGACAUACACAUAGUGAGUCUAUAUAUUUCACACUUGCCUGUAUUUUAAUACAAAUGUUUUCAUAUUUGGCCCGCAUAUCUGAAUCUGUUGUAUUUUUGGUCUUAGCGUAGAACCAGGCUACUGUAAUAAACAGAUUUACGUUUUUUGGCUGAAA